AGAAGCCUCUUCGUCGGCAUCGGCGUCGGCGUCACCUUCUACGCCGAGGAUUGAAAAGGACGUCUCAUCAUCUCCUCCUGCCCCGACGGCAGCUUCGUCUUCGAGACCAACGCCAUCAGCACCGGCACGGGGAGGUCGGAGAUCGCUUGACAGCUCGACAGGCGCUGGCCGGCGGAUGUUUGGGCUGCUCAACCAGACCCUCUCCAAGGCAAAUGCAGAAAAUGCGCGCGGAGUUCAAGCGGCCAAUCGGCGCGCCGAGAUUGAGUCUCGGCAGAAGAAGGCCCUAGAAAAGAGGAUGGAGAGCCUCGAGUCAAGCAAAAGGCUCCGUGCAGAGCUGGAGGGCGCAAAGAGAGAGGUCGUCGAUAUGGCAUGCGACAUUGCGCAGCAAGACGCCCUCGUCCGCGUGCGAAAAGCACAAAAGAGGCGAAUGGCGAGCUUCCUGGUCGCGGUACCCGACGAAGCGCGUGGUCUGUUAAAGGUUCGAGGCGACCAGCAAAGGGAGAGGAGCAAAGAGAUCGACAGAGUCAUUGCGCCAGGCGUGCCGCUCGUGCUCGGCCCAGCAAGAACAGCUGCGCCGGUAUACUAUCUACCCAAAAAGAUGUUGGGGGCACAAGAUGACACGAUGGAUGCACAGGAAGAUCAAGUCGAUGAGGAGCUUGAGAAGGCAGACAAGGAGUGGGCAGCAAGGAGGAGUGGGAUGGUCGAUGAACUGAGGAGGCUGAAGACGAGGGUGGGGAGCUUGACCAAGGAGGUUGAAGAGCUUAAGCAAGAUCAAGGCGAGCAUGACGAUGGCGACGCAAGGAUGCAAGACUCCAAUGGGACAGGGACAGAUAAGGCAAGCAAGCCUGAUGACGGACAUUUGAAAGCUAAAGGCGAUGAUGAUGCGAUGGCCGAAGACUAGCCCGGCACUGUAACAAUACCAAGUGUAGAUUGCAAGUGAUUGCUCAUGAACAUGAAGGAG